AUGAUUCGGAAUCAAACGGAACACAGGCGUCGUUCGUUGAUUGUCGUCUACGAAGUGCUAAGGCGACAAAUCGCUGGUGUGCGUGAUUGUGUCGUCGUCGUCGUCAUCGUCAUCCUGUCGGAGUUCGAUUUUCCGAUCGUGUCAAUUAAUCGUAGCCUCCGCUCAGCUGGUGUGUCGCAGUUCAGGUUCUUCGAUUGUAUUUCGAUGCAGUCGUUCGUUUCGUUGGCGACCGGGCUGAUUCACACGGUUGUGACUCAAGGACAAGAGGCACGAACUGACGGCCACCUUAAGCUUCGCACUUCUCACAGUUCUCACAGUUCUGUCGUCGCCUGGUCUCUGUUCGACCGUCCAAAAUGA